AUGGUUCGAGUUCUACUAGUUCUCCUUACGCAGCUGUACUUUACUUAUACGAUCAGUUCAGCUCCGGCAGAGACGACGAAAAGAUUGAAUAAAGAGCCUGCAAGACUUUUUUCCCUGACUCCAGCUGAGGCCAGAAGUCAUCAACGUGAAGAAGAAGAUUUAUACCAUAAAAUCGCACAACCUCUGGACAAACAUGAAUGGGGUUUAAUUCAUAAGUCUGUUUUGAAUCCUACACGAAUUUAUGACCGGUUCAAAGUGAAAUCUAUACAAAAUCAAGGUCGAUUACACCAAGACAAUAUGAUCAAAUUAAGCGCAAUCGCUCAUACAGGUGGUAAAGCUUUAGUAAGCAAGAGCGCAAGCGGUAAAAGAUGGGAAUAUAGGAGUACUCAUCCGGAUCAAAACACUGGAAAUCCUGAGUAG